ACUCCAAGUUCUCUAUAUAUUCAUAACAUGCUCAAGCUAUCUGAUACAAAAAAUAUUUAGCAGCUGAGUCUUCAUAAGCCCUACUAUUUUACGGUUUUGGGAUUUCGUCACAUAUCUUCAGUCGCCUCCAGUAAAUCAAUGGGAAAAUCCACUAAGAAAUCAGCUUCCAAGGUCGAUGCAGCUCCUGCUGUUGCCGCACCCACUAAACCGAUGAAGAAAGGUAAGAGAGAAGCCGAGGAUUCUCUAGAGAAGCAUCUGGUGAGUGCUAAGAAGCAGAAGAAGGAAGUGGAAGUGGAGAAGAAGGAUGUGGAUAAGGCUCAGAAGAAGAACAUAAAAAAGAAAGUGAAGUCUUCUUCAGAAGAACAGCUCAAGGUUAAGGUACCAGCUAAGAAGGGAGGGGCAGUGGUCAAACAGUCUGUGCAAGAAUCUAGUAGUUCUGAAGAGGAAACGUCUUCUGAUGAUGAGCCUAUUGCCAAAUCUACUUCGCUCUCAACUAAAGGCCCAAAAGUUGAUGCUACAAAUGGUGUGGCUAAAAAUAGCAAACAAUCCAGCAGUUCAGAUGAUAGUGAUUCUGAUGAGGAUGAAGUUCCUAAAACAAAGGUACCGGUGCCAACCAAGAAGCCUGUGGUGGCAGUUAAGAACAGAACUGUAGAAUCUGACUCGGAUGAUGAAACUAGUGAUUCAGAAGAGGAUGCGAGUGCACUUAAGAAGCCUUCUUCAGUUGCAGCUAAGAGUGGCAAUGUUGCAGUUACCAAGAAGAAAGAAAAGUCUGACUCCGACUCUCAGAGCAGUUCUGAUGAAGAUGUUGCAGAUAAGAAGAAAGAUGAGUCAAUUGAUGAUUCUGAUUCAGAAGAUGAGUCUAGCUCAGAUGAGGAUGUUGCAGCAACCAAGAAAGUUCCUGCUGCUGUGACUAAAAAGACCCCUGUCGCAGCUUCAAAGAACAAUGAGUCAAGCAGUGAAGAUGAAAGCUCAGAUGAAGACGUUCCUGCAGCUACAAAUGGCUCAGUGGUUGCUACAAAGAAGAAAAAUGAUUCCAGUGAGGAAUCAGAAACUGACAGUUCUGAGGAAAGUGAAGAUGAACAGCCUCAAAAGAAAAAGCUGAAAGUCCCAAUUCCUGCAACUCCAAAUGCUGUUAAACCUAGCGUAAAGGCUGCAGAAGAGGAUGAUAGUAGCAGUGAAGAGGAAAGCUCUGAUGAUGAUGAACCAUCAAAAAUGGAAGGGGUAAAGAAGUCAAUUCGUGCCUCAAAGGAUAGCAGUUCAGAGGAAGAGUCUUCUGAGGAAGAGGAGGAAAAACCUUCGACAACUCCCAAGAAAAAGGAUGCUGGUGUGAAAACGACUGGUCUUGCACCAUCGAAGGAGACUCCCAAGACGCCUGCCACUCCUACAGCGCAGACCACGGGCCCCAAAACUCUAUUUGUUGGGAACCUUUCCUACUCUGUUGAGCAGGCAGAUGUUGAAAACUUUUUCAAAGAUGCUGGUGAAGUUGUUGAUGUUCGCUUUGCCAUGUCUUCUGAGGAUAAUUCAUUUAGGGGCUUUGGCCAUGUUGAGUUUGCUACCACUGAAGCAGCAGAGAAGGCCCUCCGUGAAUUGAAUGGUGAAGACCUACUCGGUCGUCCCGUGAAACUAGAUAUGGCAAAGGAAAGGGGAUCGUACACACCAUAUAAUGGUGGCAACGAGACGAACUCAUUCCAGAGGGGAGGGAGGCCUCAAGGGCAAACAAUAUUUGUUCGUGGUUUUGAUAAAUAUGAUGGUGAAGACAAGAUUAGAGGUUCUCUUGAAGAUCAUUUUGGUUCCUGCGGUGAAAUCACAAGGGUUUCCAUUCCAAAAGAUCAGGAUGGUGGUGUUAAAGGAAUAGCCUACAUUGAUUUUAAGGAAAAUGCUGCCUUUAACAAAGCUCUGGAACUUGAUGGAUCUGAAUUCGGGGAGAGUUCCUUGUCGGUGGAAGAGGCUAAGCCUAGAGGUGAUAGUGCUGGUGGUGGCAGAGGUGGCAGGAGUGGUGGCCGGGACAGUGGCGGUCGUUUCGGGGGUCGACGUGGAGGUGGCCGCAGUGGUGGCGGUCGAUUUGGAAGUGGAGGUGGUGGUCGCUUUGGAGGUAGAGGUGGAGGAAGAGGACGUGGAACUCCUGGGAAGCCAAGCGUGUUUGCCGCUGGUGCAGGGAAGAAGACUACAUUUGGUGAUGACUAGGAGUACACAGCUUGACCCGACCCGAUCCAUUGGGUUUUGGAGGGUUGCUUUAAAUCCUAAGUAGUAGUAAAUCCUUGUUCGGAUCGAAGACUGCGGUAUAACAUUUUUUGUUUUGUUGAGAUGUUUAAAGAAAGGAUUCACAUUUAUGCCUUUUUUUUAUGUAAUGAAAUUAUGGUGAGAUUUUUGAAGGAGACCCUCGAGUUAAAGAGGCUUAGUCC